AUGUUCUCUGUGUUUGGACUCUCCAUCCCCAUCUCGGCCACAGAGCUUCUCCUGGCCUCUGCCACCUUCUGCCUGGUAUUCUGGGUGGUCAGGGCCUGGCAGCCUCGGGUCCCUAAAGGCCUGAAGAGUCCACCAGGGCCCUGGAGCUGGCCCCUGAUCGGGCAUGUGCUGACCUUGGGGAAGACCCCACACUUAGCCCUGUCGCGGCUGAGCCAGCGCUAUGGAGACGUGCUGCAGAUCCGCAUUGGCUGCACACCCGUGCUGGUGCUCAGCGGCCUGGACACCAUCCGGCAGGCCCUGGUGCGGCAGGGUGAUGACUUCAAGGGCCGGCCUGACCUCUACAGCUUCACCUUAGUCGCUGAUGGCCAGAGUAUGACCUUCAACGCAGACUCUGGACCAGUGUGGGCUGCCCGGCGACGUCUGGCCCAGAAUGCUCUCAACUCGUUCUCCGUUGCCUCAGACCCGGCUUCCUCGUCCUCCUGUUACCUGGAAGAGCACGUGAGCAAGGAGGCCAAGUACCUCAUCGACAAGUUCCAGGAGCUUAUGGCAGGACCUGGGCGCUUUGACCCCUAUAGGUAUGUAGUGGUGUCAGUGGCCAAUGUCAUCUGUGCCAUGUGCUUUGGCCGACGCUAUGACCAUGACAACCAAGAGCUGCUUAGCAUAGUCAGCCUGAGUAAUGAGUUCGGGGAGGUGGCUGCCUCUGGGCACCCAGCCGACUUCAUCCCUAUCCUCCGUUACCUGCCCAACACUGCCCUGGAUGCCUUCAAGGACUUGAAUCAGAGGUUCUACAUUUUCAUGCAGAAGAUGCUCACGGAACACUAUAAAACGUUUGAGAAGGGCCACAUUCGGGACAUCACAGACAGCCUGAUUGAGCACUGUCAGGACAAGAGACUGGAUGAGAAUGCCAAUAUCCAGGUGUCAGAUGAGAAGAUCGUUAAUGUCGUCAUGGACCUCUUUGGAGCUGGGUUUGACACAGUCACAACUGCCAUCUCCUGGAGCCUCAUGUACCUGGUGACAAGCCCCAGCGUGCAGAAAAAGAUUCAGGAGGAACUGGACACAGUGAUUGGCAGCGCACGGCAGCCCCGGCUCUCUGACAGACCCCAGCUGCCCUAUUUGGAGGCGUUCAUUCUGGAGACCUUCCGACAUUCCUCUUUCAUCCCCUUCACCAUCCCCCACAGUACCACAAGAGACACAAGUCUGAAUGGCUUUUACAUCCCCAAGGGGCGUUGUGUCUUUGUAAACCAGUGGCAGAUCAACCAUGAACAGUAA